AUGACCUGGAUGAUUCCUCGCUUGAAAAUUAUGGGCGCAGCUACCGCAGAGUGCAUCCCAUCCCGCCCUUCGCACCUCUGGAGGAGAUGGGAGAGUAUGAAAGAUGAGGAGAUUGGGUUGGAGAUCGAACAGGUCGAGACAUUGUUUGGAGUUAAAGUUGUGGCGAGCCCCCCGCAGGUUCUUCCGGAGAUCGAGAGGCGGCUCUCGAUCCUUGAAGACCUCGUCCGCCGCCAGUCGCUGCGCAAUCUGAUGCCUGACAUGGAGAGCAGCAAGACCUUGAGCUCGGACCGCACCGCAGAACCCCAAGAAAGGGAGGAUAAAGAUGAGGAUGGAAGGGAGACGCCCAACCAGAGAAGAGCGCGCUUGAAGGAUCGCAAGUAUGCAGCUCCCAACUUCUCGCAGAGCAUGAUAGAGAUGCAUCGCAUCACCUCCAAGGGCGUCGAGAAGGCUGUGGAGAUGAAAGUGCGUCGCAACGAUAUUGAUUCCCAGAGAAGGUUUUACAGCCUGUUGGCAGCUUGCAGUGGAAUCUUUGGGACCUUCCUUGCAAUCAUUCAGAACGAGCUCAUCUACCGGUGGCAUCCUAAAUCAGGGAAGAUCGACAUCUUGAAGGCUCUCAACUCUUUCUCCAGCUUCGUGUGUGCAGUCUGGAUCUUUUACAUGUACCGCAUGCAGCUGCGUCUGGUUGCGAUGAAUCGGAGGCUGCGGGUGAAAUCGUCAAAGAAUACCAAGAUCAAAGAGGUCGGAUUCUUACAAGUGCUUGCAAGCCGAGGGCUCUGGCUCGAACUGCUGAUCUGCGUUCCUCAUCUUCCCCCCUUUUUCUCUCCAGAGUUCGGCAUGGAGGUUCAGAAUGGGAACUUCAUCUUGUACAGGGGAGAGACAAUAUUCUGUGUCUACAACAUCUUGAGGAUUUACUUGCUGUGGAGAUGCAUCAGAGAUUUCAUCAUCAAAACGAUGCCCAAACACUUCACGAUCGAGGCCUUCACACAGAUCAACAUUGGGAGCUUCUACGUGUUGAAGUCGCUGCUCGAAGGAUGGAAAGGCUUUCAGUUCGUGACCUUUGCAUGGAUGUUCUCGAUGCUCGUCCUCGGAUAUUUCUUCCGUGCCUUCGAGACGUCAGCAUGUCUCUUCCCCUUCCACGACCACCCCUCCUGCUUCCUGCCUGAGGCCGUUCUGUGGCAAAUAGACAGCGGGAGCCUAGAGAAAGAGUCGAUUCUCGUGCGAUACUCCGACGCCCUCUGGGCCAUGUUCAUCACCUCCACCUCGGUCGGCUACGGCGACAUCUACGCCGUGACGUUGCUGGGCCGCAUGACGAGCAUCCUCAUGGCGUUCCUCGGGCUCAUGUUCGCGUCUCUCAUGACAGCCUCCAUCAGCAACGCGUUCCAAUGGAACCCUGAAGAAGCACGGACGCUGGCGAUCUUUGAGAGGGAGCGAGCAAGGAGACAUAUGUCGUUGACUGCGAUGAUUCACAUGAAAGACAAGAUGUACGUUGACAUCGAAACAUCCGGCUCAGACAACAACAAGGUGGACAUCAUAUUCAGCCGUGUCAAGAAUCUGCAGGGGAUGCUUGAAACGAUCGAGGAGGAAGCGACAGUAGCCAAAGUUCCGCUGGUGCGGAGACUUUCCAUGAACAGCAUAGGGAGGAGGGAUAUCAACCAGCUGUCUAAAGACGGUCAAACGUUUCCCUCGAUGCAGGGGUCCAAACGAUCUGGCAGCUUCAAGAUGCGAGUCAAGAAGGCGAUGACGCAGAGGGACGGAACGGGCAAAUGGCACCACAACUUCAAGGCCCUCCAUGGCGCGCAGCAGUCGUACAGGCAGUGGGCAGCUCUGCUUGGGAUGACGGGCACGUUGUUUGCGGUGGCACAGAACGAGUACCUGAUGCAAGGAGGAGGACAGAGCGACGUCACCAUGAACGCGCUCAAGGCCAUGAACAGCAUCUGCACUCUUUCAUGUGCAGCUUUCAUUUUGCGUAUGUACUACAUCGCGCGGUUGUUGGAAGCUGUCAGCCUCCAUGUUCACUGCUUCACUGACCUGAUCACCGACGUUGGAGUGUGGUGGCUGUUGGACCCGUCCCUGUGGCUGGAGCUCGUCCUCGUCCUCGUCCACAACCCCCCGUCAUACAGAUUCGUGCUGGUGACGGACAACCUCGGAGAGAACAACAUCUACGUCACUUGUGGAGAGACGAUCCUCUGCGGCUGCAACCUGAUCCGCAUCUACCUCUGCUGGCGAGUCCUCAGGGAUUGGAUCCUCUCCGUCUUCCCCAAACAUCAAACCCUGUCUGGCUUCCAGCGGACCAAGAUCGGCUCAUCGUUUGCCAUCAAGCAUAUCAUGCACAGUUGGUAUGCAGCCAUCUACAUGUCCCUCGUGUGGAUGAUCGCCAUCGUCCUCCUUGGCAAGUGCUCAGGCUCCGACGCCUCUCGUGACGCUGCUGCAGCCUAUUGGUUCCGAGCGGCUGAGACCACCGCCUGUACUCUACCUCAUAUCCGAGAAGAAGUCCCAGCAUGCGCGAACCCCAACGCCAUGCACUGGGUUAUCCAUGGGAUGGACUUCAACAAGAGCAGCCACAUGCGCAUGACGACAGCCAUCUGGUUCAUCCUUAUCACCUCAACCACCGUCGGUUACGGUCUUGCCCUCCUCCUCCUCAUCAUCAUCAUCAUCAUCACUUCCUUCAGAGCAGCAGCAGCGGCUGAGGUGAGCUCGCAGAUCGGCCUGGUGGCGGCCUCCCUCCUCACUGCCGCCCUCACCAACCUCCUCCAAUUCAGCAGCUCCGAGACGACAGCCAAGGCGCUGAUUGAACGCGAGAUCCUCCGAAACCAUCUCCAAGAGAAGAGCGCUCAGCUCCUGCAGUUGUUCUGGAGGAGGAGGAAGGGGAAGACACGGCGGAAGGACAAGUUCCAGAACAUCCGGCUGAUAGGCCAUGACAUUCGAACCAUGAAGAUACAGACAACCAGUGACAUCGAGGUCUGA